CCCCCCAAAAAUUGUGCAUGAUUGAGUAAAAAAAAAAAAAAAAAAAAGUAUGCAUGCUUUGGUAAACGCCUUCCUGCGCUGCCUCUCCUUCCUGUUGCCCCCCUCCUGGCUUUGUGUCAGCCUCUACUUGUGGGCCGCCAGUGAGUGCGAAGAGACGCCGCCUCGGCCCAAUCCCACAAAGCUUCUUACAUAUGAGGAAGUAGCAGCAGUAGCCGCCGCGGUACAAGGUGGUGGCUCCUCUGCUGCUCCAGGCUGCGUCUCGCCGGCUGCUACGAGCCCCGCCGCUCCGCACAGCCCUCCGUCGGAGGCUCGGAUCUGGAUCGGGGUCGUCUGGCGAGCCGUGGAGCGCGUCUUGGGAGCCCCGUGGGUCCUCCUCAGCCAUAGCAGCAGCGAGAGUGGCCGUCGAGUACCGACGCCGCGUCCCCACCGCGUCCUCGACUCGAUCUCGGCUUCCGCUGCUACUACUACCGCCGCCCAAAGAGUGAACGGAGCCAGCGCAGGCGCCUCGACCCACACGGGGAACAUGAGCCGAACCCCCGGCCCGAGUCCCAGCCGCCAAGCGGCGUGCUCCCCGGAUUCGUCCUCUGAGAGGGGCGUGGAUGAAGUCAUCACCGUGGACCAGCACUCGCAGGAGAUGGGCACGGUUACCAUCACGGUGGCCAUCCAGGCCGCCGAGGACGAGGAACCGGAGGAAUUCUCGCCCGGGAAUGUCGACUUCAUUGGCGGCAGCUGCAGCGAGGACGAACUGGGCAGGCACGACAAGUCCAGUGGUGCCGGCACGAGUGGAGGUGAGCUCGAGGAGGAGAGCUGGCAGCCCCCCGACGUGGAGCUCAUCCAAAAGCUGGUGGCCCAGAUCGAGUACUACCUGUCAGACGAAAACCUCGAGCACGACGCCUUCCUCCUCAAGCACGUCAGGCGCAACAAGCUGGGCUUUGUGAGCGUCAAGUUGCUGACCUCAUUCAAAAAGGUUAAACACCUGACCCGCGACUGGAGAACGACCGCCUUCGCCCUGAGACACUCCAAAGCGCUGGAGCUCAACGACGAGGGCCGGAAGGUGCGGCGCAAGUCGGCUGUGCCGGUCUUUGCCAGCGAGUCGUUGCCCAGUCGCAUGCUACUGCUGAGCGAACUGCAGCGCUGGCCUGAGCUGGCCGAGAUCACGGGUGGCGCCAAGGAGAACGGAGGCAGCGAGGGCGGGUCCACUCAGCAGGAGCAGCUGAUGAAGCUGCUGCUCAAAGCCUUCGGGACGUACGGCGCCAUUGCUUCCGUCCGAGUCCUGAAGCCCGGGAAGGACCUGCCAGCCGACCUGAAGAGGCUGAGCAGCCGCUACUAUCAGCUAAGCACAGAGGAGUGCGCCAUUGUGGAGUUUGAGGAGGUGGAAGCGGCAGUUAAAGCCAAUGAAGCCGUGGGAAGCGAGGAUGGAGGGAGUAGCUCGCUGGGCUUGAAGGUCGUCCUGAUCGGAACCAAACCACCGAAAAAGAAAAUGCAGAAGGAGCGACCCCGCGAGGAGGGGACGGCAACAACGGGGAUGCGCAAAAGCCGCUCGCUCAACAGCAGAGUGCGAGAGCUCCAGUACCACGGCGAGGACUCGGCCUGCAGCUCCUCCGAGACGGAGAGCACCCCAACGUCGCCCCGGCUGGCCCGAAAGUCCCAAUCCUGCAACAAGCUCAGCCCCACUGCCGCCGGAGUCGCCUUCCAGAACAAUCACCUGAGUCCCGGCAUGUCACCCCGCAACAGCCCGUGGUCCAGCCCCCGUGCCAGCCCUUGUCCUCAACGCAAGUCCCCUCACUCCCACAAGUCUCCCUUGGCCAGCGAGGGCCGGCUGAGCCCCGAGGCGGGACGCCGCUGGGCCGACUACUCCUCAGACAGUAGCCUGACUCCAUCCGGGAGCCCGUGGGUGCAGCGGCGUAAGCAGGUGGCCUCGCAGGAGAGCAGCCCGGUGGGAAGCCCCAUGCUGGGGAGGAAGAUCCAGAACGCCGACGGGCUACCGCCGGGCGUCGUGAGGCUUCCGCGCGGCCCUGACGGAACCCGCGGCUUUCACUGUGUGGUGCCGGGGGAGAGGGGGAAGAGUGCCGCCACUCAGACUUGACACGCGAAGGUCGCCAAAAAGCAUCCCGCCCACACCCCCCUACCUUGGGAAUCCAACCUGAGCUGUCCUUUGGGCCCCCACCCCUCAUUUGAGACUGUGGAGAUCUAUUUUCGUUGAGUGAAUCUGUUUUCAGUCUGUUCUAUUUUUCUACAAACACUUUGAGUUGACUUGGUUACAUUAGUACUUCACUAAUGGAAAUAUGAGUGAAUUUCAAAGUAACUGUUGCUUUAAGAGGACCUCCGACGCGCCACAGGGAAUGCUUGCUUCCAUCUAAAAACGUCACGUUGCGGCUGUUGAAGGAGUUCCGUGUGUUUUCUUUCUUUCGUGGGGGGCCUAGCCUUUUGUUUGUUUUUAGAUGGAGUGUUCUGUCUCGUGUGUAAAAGCUUCACUCUCGGGAUGGUGUACUGACGUGGAAGCGACGUAGGCGCAUGGAGCCCAUGGAAAUCACCAUUUGCCUUUUUUGUGUGUCUGUACUGCAACUUCCAUUUCUACAUGCUAUUUAAACCAAGGCCAUAAACGCUCCGCUGUUGUGGAGGCUGGACA